AUGGUUUACUGGAAGCCCAUCCUGUACGCAGGGCUUGCCUCUGCCGCGGCUCUCUUCCACAGAGAUGGCGCGACUGCAGGCACCUUGGAUCAAUGCCCGGGCUACAAAGCCUCCAAUGUUCGCGUGUCACCGACCGGCGUGACGGCCGAUCUGACUCUGGCUGGCACUGCUUGCAAUGUGUACGGCACAGACCUCACGAAUCUCAUUCUCCAGGUCACGUACCAGACUGAGGACCGCAUUCACGUCCUCAUCCAGGACAAGGACAACCAGGUCUACCAAGUCCCCGAAUCCGUUUUCCCACGUCCCGGGGGCUCUGUCUGGUCUCAGUCAAGCAAUCUCAAAUUCAGCUACACGGCGAAUCCCUUUUCGUUCAAAAUCACACGGGCCAGAACUGGUGAGGUCCUCUUUGAUACCUCGGCCGCCUCUCUUGUCUUCGAGUCUCAGUACCUCCGCCUCCGGACAAGCCUGCCCGCGAACCCUAACCUGUACGGCCUGGGUGAGCAUUCUGACCCUCUCCGCCUCAAGACAACCAACUACAUCCGCACGAUGUGGAACCAGGACAGCUAUGGCAUCCCCAGCAACGCCAAUCUCUAUGGAACUCACCCCUUCUACCUGGAGCACCGUGCCACGGGUUCUCACGGUGUCUUCUUCCUCAACUCCAACGGCAUGGACAUCAUGAUCAACCAGGACGCCUCCGGCAAGCAGUAUCUUGAAUACAACACCAUUGGUGGCGUGUUUGACUUUUACUUUGUUGCUGGACCAACUCCCGUAGCAGCAGUACAGCAAUAUGGUGAAUUUGCAGGCUUCCCAACCAUGCAGCCAUACUGGGGCCUGGGCUUCCACCAGUGCAGAUACGGAUACCAAGAUGCCUACAAUGUCGCCGAAGUCGUCCAAAACUACAGCUUGGCCGGCAUCCCCCUGGAGACCAUGUGGACGGACAUUGACUACAUGGACCGCCGCCGCGUCUUCACCGUCGACCCAGCCCGCUUCCCCAUGCCCAUGAUGCGCGAGCUGGUUGACCACUUGCACGCAAACGACCAACACUACGUCGUCAUGGUCGACCCAGCUGUCGCCUGGCAAGACUAUCCACCUGCCAACCAGGGCGUUGAGGACAACGUCUUUCUGCUGCGGUCCAACGGCUCUGUCUGGAUCGGCGUCGUCUGGCCUGGUGUCACCGUCUUCCCCGACUGGUUCGCUGCCAACGCUCAGAAGUAUUGGAACGGUCAGUUCCAGACCUUUUUCAAUGCCGAAACGGGCCUGGAUAUUGAUGCCCUGUGGAUCGACAUGAACGAGCCCAGCAACUUCCCCUGCAACUUUCCCUGUGACGACCCGUACAGCGCGGCCAAGGGCUUUCCUCCGGCCCCACCGCCGGUCCGGGCACCUCCUCGUCCGCUGCCUGGCUGGCCUUGCGACUUCCAGCCUGGCGGCUGUCCCAACAAACGUGAUAGCCAAGGUGAUCAAAAGGGCCUCCCCGGUCGGGAUCUGCUGUAUCCCAAGUACGCCAUCCACAACAAGGCCGCCUUCCAGGACUCGUGGAACUCUGACAAAGGUGGCAUCUCCAACCACACUGUCAACACGAAUCUCAUCCACCAGAACGGCCUGGCCAUGUACGAUACGCACAACCUCUACGGCACCAUGAUGUCGACAGCCUCGCACGAUGCCAUGUUGUCUCGUCGACCGGGCCUCCGCCCCUUGGUCAUCACGCGCAGCACCUUUGCCGGCGCGGGCUCCAAGGUCGGCCACUGGCUGGGAGACAACAUGUCGCAGUGGAGCUACUACACCGUGUCCAUCCGCACAAUGUUGGCCUUUACAUCCCUCUUCCAGUUCGGCUUCGUGGGCUCGGACGUCUGCGGCUUCGGCGGCAACACCAACGAGGAGCUCUGCGCGCGCUGGGCCUCGCUGGGCGCCUUCAACACCUUUUACCGCAACCACAACGACCUGGGUAACAUUGGCCAAGAGUUCUACCGCUGGCCUUCGGUUACCAGCAGUGCCAAAAAGGCCAUUGAUAUUCGCUAUCGCCUGUUGGACUACAUCUACACUGCUCUGUACCGCCAGUCUACCGACGGCACGCCGGCAGUGAGCCCCAUGUUUUUCCACUAUCCCAACGACCCGGCCACAUGGGGCCUUGAGCUCCAGUACUUUUACGGCCCCGGCCUCAUCGUUGCUCCCGUCACGCAGCAGGGAUCUACCAGCGUCAGUGUCUAUCUCCCAGACGACGUCUUCUACGACUGGUACACCCACGCUCGCAUCGACGGUGGCGCCACCAACCACCUCAUCAGCAAUGUCGACAUCACGUCCAUCCCGCUCUUCAUCCGCGGCGGUGUCAUCAUGCCCCUGCGUGUCAAGUCUACCAACACCACCACCGAGCUCCGCAAGCAGAACUUUGAGCUUCUCAUCGCCCUCGACGCCUCUGGAUCUGCGUCGGGCGAGCUGUACAUCGACGACGGCGUGUCCAUCCAACAGCGAGCCACCACUCACGUCACCUUCACUUACAAGAAGGGCAUCUUCAUCCUGGGUGGCUCCUUCAGCCUCCGAGUGCCAUUCAUCAUUUCCAAGGUGACCAUCAUCGGCGGCAAAGCCCCCACUGUCAAGUCAAGCUCUGGAAACUCAAACAGCCAGACCUUUAACGUCAACUUGCCCUUUAGCGGUCCUGCGUCUAUCAGAAUCGGUUAG